GUUCGAUUCUCGGAACACCCCAUCUGUUUUGAUUUUAUAUACCUAUGAGUCGUUCAGGUCAGCCUCCGGAUCUCAAGAAGUACAUGGACAAGAAACUCCAAAUUAAGCUUAAUGCCAACCGAACGGUAGUUGGAACUCUCCGUGGGUUUGAUCAGUUCAUGAAUCUUGUUGUGGAUAACACUGUUGCAGUCAAUGGUGAUGACAAGACUGACAUUGGGAUGGUGGUGAUUAGAGGAAACAGCAUUGUCACUGUUGAGGCUCUUGAACCAGUUGGCAGAUCUUAGCUUUGAUUACUUUACUUUGCACCACCAGUAUUCAAUCAUCUUCUGUAAUAUGACUUUUGACUUAGUUUGUUCUCUGUACUUAGCAUCUAUGAAUCUUGAAGAAGAUUAAUUUGAUGAAUUCAACUUC